AGCUCUGGGAUUUUCGGAGCCAGUCCCUAUUGUUCAGAUCCCUCCUCCUGCUUGGGAAGUGGGAGGACCCGAAAAGGCGUCGCAAAAGGGAGAAUUGUUUGAGAGCUCAGUCAUCCAAAAACGUCCUUUCAAUGCGAGAAGUUGAGGAGCCGAAGAAAAUGUCGGUGGCAUCGCAGUAAAUUACUAAAGCGGGGAGGAACGAGAAAAGCGAAAAAGCCUUGUUUUUCUGGGACUAAAACCGCAGGAGAGACGAGGAGAGCAGAGCGCUCGGCCAAAACGAGGUGUGAGCACCAAGUCGAGCAGUUUGGGGGCCAGUGUAUGGAAGAUGUCUGGAAAGCGAGACUGGGCACCGUGGAUGAAAAAGAGAAGGGCUCCAGUGUUGUGUGCUCUGGGCGCAGUGCUGCUGUGCUGCCUGCAGGGCGGCGCCUCCGCCUCCGAUGACGUCCCGGCGUUCACGGAGGAGCCCAUGUCUGUCGUGCAGAAGCUGGGAGGCAGCGUGAACCUCAGCUGCAGCGCCCGGCCCGCCUCCGCCAACAUCAGCUGGCACCUCAACGGCCGCGAGCUGCGCAACGGGGACCUGGGCGUGGUGCUGGGGCCCAGCGGCCUCUUCGUCCCCGCGCUGUCCAACGUGACGCUGGGCCGCUACCGCUGCGUGGCCGCCACCGCCGCCGGGGCCCUGGCCAGCGUGCCGGCCAACGUCACCGCUGCCAAGCUGCGUGACUUCGAGCCUGACGACCAACAGGAGAUCGAGGUCGACGAAGGCAACACGGCCGUCAUUGAGUGUCACCUGCCCGAGAGCCAACCCAAAGCUCAGGUCCGCUACAGCGUCAAACAGGAGUGGCUGGAGACGUCCAAAGGGAAUUACCUCAUCAUGCCAUCAGGGAACCUACAGAUAGCCAACGCGACCCAGGACGACGAGGGGCCGUAUAAGUGUGCUGCCUACAACCCCAUCACUCAGGAGGUGAAGACGUCCAUCUCUGCCGACCGCCUGCGUAUACGCCGCUCCAUGUCGGAAGCGGCUCGCAUCAUCUACCCGCCGGCGUCCCGCUCCAUCAUGGUGACCAAGGGCCAGCGGCUGGUGCUGGAGUGCGUGGCCAGUGGAAUUCCGACCCCCCAAGUCACGUGGGCCAAAGACGGGCAGAGGCUGCGUUCCCAUAACAACACGCACUUCCUGCUCAGCAACCUGCUGAUCGACGCGGUGGCCGAGGCCGACUCGGGCACUUACAUAUGCCAGGCGGACAAUGGCAUCGGCUCAGCCAGCUCUGCCACCGUGCUCUAUGACGUACAAGUGUUCGAGCCUCCUCAGGUCACGGUGACGCUGCAGCAGCAGGAGGUGGUGUACGGCGAGACCGUGCGCAUCGCCUGCCAGGUGCACGGCAAGCCCACUCCCUCUGUGAUGUGGCUCCACAACGCCCGGCCCCUCGGCCCGUCCAGUCGCCACCGCAUCUCCCCGCGGGUGCUGCGCGUCUCCAACGUGGGCCCGCAGGACGACGGCCUGUACCAGUGCAUGGCCGAGAACGGGGUGGGCAGCUCCCAGGACUCCGCUCGCCUCAUCACGGUCUCCACCGGGAUUACGUCCAGAGGGAAGCUGCCCUCCAUUUAUCGGCCACUCAGCCCGGACAAGGUGCUGAGAGAGCAGCCGCCCGUGAAGCCGGGAGCUACGGGGGCCAUGUUGCCUAUGGACUGCUCUGAGCUGCCGGCGCAGAUCCUGCCUGUGGAGGCUCCCAUCAUCCUCAGCCAGCCGCGCACUGGGAAGGCUGACUACUACGAGCUCACCUGGAGGCCCCGGCAUGAGCGAGGAGCCCGUGUGCUGGAGUACAUGGUCAAAUACAGAAAGGUGGGAGACCCUCUGGCAGAGUGGACCUCUAGUAGUAUCUCCGGGUCUUUGCACAAGCUGACUCUGGCCAAGCUGCAGCCAGACAGCCUGUAUGAGGUGGAGAUGGCUGCCAAGAACUGUGCCGGUUUGGGCCAACCAGCCAUGAUGACCUUCCGAACUGGCAAAGGUCGCAAAGUGCACGAUCCACCAAAAACUCCUGCUGUUCCUUCACCAAGCCUCUCUCCUCCCGAGGCCCCCGACAAGCCCACAGUCUCCACGGCGACGGAAACGUCGGCGUACGUGACUUGGAUUCCUCGCGGCAACCGUGGCUUCCCCAUCCAGUCUUUCCGGGUGGAGUACAAGAAGGUGAAGAAGGCGGGGGAGGACUGGGUGACGGCGGUGGAGAACAUCCCCCCGUCGCGUCUCUCCGUGGAGAUCACGGGCCUGGAGAAAGGUACCUCUUAUAAGUUCCGUGUGGUGGCGGUGAACGUGAUUGGCUCCAGUCCUCCCAGUGCCCCUUCCAAGGCGUACACCGUGGUGGGUGGGAGGACCCACGAACGCCCCGUGGACGGACCCUACAUCACCUACAACGAGGCCAUCAACGACACGACCAUCAUCCUCAAAUGGACCUACACGCCUGUAAACAACACGCCCAUCUACGGCUUCUACAUCUACUACCGACCAACAGACAGCGAUAAUGACAGUGACUAUAAGAAGGACGUGGUGGAGGGAGACCGGUACUGGCACUCGAUCACUGACCUGCAGCCGGAGACGGCCUACGACAUCAAGAUGCAGAGUUUCAACGAGAAGGGGGAGAGUGAAUUCGGGAAUGUGGUGAUCCUGGAAACGAAAGCUCGUCCCAAUCGUCCCAACCAGCGGCCCGCUCCGUCCCAGACCCCAGACCACGGGCCGGACCUCCCCACGGGACUGGUGCCUCGGCCCGGCGACCUCCCCUAUCUCAUAGUUGGCAUCGUCCUGAUAGCCUUCGUGUUCAUCAUCAUCGUUGCCUUCAUCCCUUUCUGUCUCUGGAGGGUGUGGGCUAAACAGAAGCAAACGUCCGACCUGUGCUUCCCACCUGUGGCCGCCCCGGUGUCGUCCUGCCAGUACACCAUGGUUCCCCUCCAGGGACUCGCCCUGGUCGGCCACUGCCCGUUGGACGGUCACAUGACUGCUCCACACGGCGCCUACCCCAGCAAUGGAGAAUACACGCCGAACGGGAAAGCGCACCAUGCCACGCAGUGUCUGCCUGGGAUGCAGCCGGAUGAGGUUGAUUGUAACAUGGAGUCGGAAACGUUGUUGCCACAGACGGCGUCAAAUGGACACGUUCCGGUCUAUCGUUACUCCACCAGUGGUCUAGAGCAUCAUGAACACGCUUGCUCUCCCGAUGACUCCACUCUACAGCUCCUCGACUCCUCCCGCCACCGUGUUGGUUCACAUGAACUGGGAGGUGAAGGCAGCUUUUGUUGUGGGGAUAAAGCAGAGAACAUCACUCACAAUUUGGCGCCUUUCCGCCUUCUAUCGCUAGAAGACGAAGGGAUCUUCACCGCAUCUGCAUCAACGACAGCAGCCACAACGCCACAAUCCAUAGACACAACAAUACAGGAAGUGGACAUCCUCCCAAACGAGGCCUCCCCUGAGGACUACGGCGCAGACAACACAACAGAUGCAUGAGACUGUUACAAAGGAGAAAACUAGAAAAAAAUAUUUAUUUUUGUAUCAAAAGUAUUUAUAUAUUUAUGCUUUUGUACAUAGUGUCUGUACUGUAUAUAAGGUUAUUUUCAUAUUGAAAGACUAUUCCUACAUUUGCUUCUCACUGUGUUACGGCGGAGCGAGCACCAUGUUGUGAUGCUGAGCUCCUGCUGCGUUUGUGGAUUUGAGAGGUUUGCAACGUAAUUCCUGGUGAGAAGAUGAUCAGGGGCUUCCUUUAAGUUCAGCACUUCACUGUCUAGACCCUCCUCACUUCUUAAACCAUUCCUCAUAGACCUUCGCCCUAAACGUUUGGACCUUACGUACUCAGCUUUACAGGCAAUGGGACCUUUAGAACCAGUCUGAUGCUGUAACUAUGAGGUGCUUGACGCUGCGUAGCCGAUGCUUUAUCACAUUUUCAUCGCGUCAUCUUGUAUAGUAAUAACACGUGUAUUACGCAUUGUUUGUCAUUAAACUAACGAGUGUAUGCAACAUAAAUCAGUUUCAGUAGUGUACAAGAGAUUAUAUAUUGUAUAGCUAUUUAUUGUUUUGAUUUUAUUUUUCAAAUCACUGAAUGGGAGAGAUUCUGGAAAAUACCUUAACUCAGUCAUUGAUAAGCUGAACUUGACAGCGCAGCCACGUGCGCAUUUACUCAUUGCUGGUUACCAAAUGACAGCCAGGUGAGGGAGCUGUGACGACCGUGUCAGUAUUAUUCCUCCCUCACAGGUCAGUGCAUAAGUAUUAGUCUUUGCUAGAGACAUCUGCAAUCGAAAUGAAGGAGAUCCUGAAUCGACACCUGCCCCUUUUGGAAUGUAACCGUUCUGUGGUUGCACAUGCUGGAGCACUAUUGCAUGUAAAUAAAAGCUUAUGAAAGUG